AUGCAAGUCUGGAUUGAUUACAAUGGCGUACACAAGCAGCUCAACGUCACUUUAGCACCAUUCAACGUUUCUAAACCAGAUAUUCCCCUCUUGUCUCUGUCUCUUGAUCUUUCUCUGGUCAUGCAGGACCCCAUGUUCGUCGGUUUCUCAUCCUCUACGAGUUCCCAGCUACGAGCAUCCCACCAUGUGUUGGGUUGGAGCUUCAAGCAGAACGGGCCAGCAGAAGAACUCAAACUCACCCAACUUCCCACGAUUUCCUCCAGACCAUAUCAGGAUGGAAACUAUAUUGGGAUUAUCAUGUCUUUCGGUAUAUUAUUUGCUCCAAUAUUAUUGGUUAUGUUAGGCAUCUGGAUUAGUUUGAAAAGAAAAUUUGCAGAAGUAAUUGAAGAAUGGGAACUCGAUUAUGGGCCUCACAGGUUCAAGUAUAAAGAUCUCCAUGUGGCGACUAAGGGGUUUAAGAAAGAGAAGCUCCUGGGUAGUGGUGGCUUUGGUAGUGUGUAUAGAGGUGUAUUACCCACCUCCGGAAUCGAAGUUGCAGUGAAGAAAAUCUCCCAUGACUCUAGACAAGGGAUGAGGGAAUUUGUUUCUGAGAUCAUCACCGUCGGUAAACUAAGGCAUCGAAACCUAGUAAUGCUAUUGGGGUACUGCCGACGUGAAGGAGAAUUCCUUUUGGUUUAUGAAUGCAUGCCCAACGGAAGUCUAGACAAGUUCCUCUUCGAUCCAUCUAUGCUGGUGCUGAAUUGGAGUCAGAGGUUUCAAAUUGUUAGAGGUGUAGCAUCUGCUCUGUUUUAUCUACACGAAGAAUGGGAGCAGAUUGUGGUUCAUAGAGAUGUCAAGUCUAGUAACGUUCUAUUGGACGGGGAAUUCAAUGCAAGAUUAGGAGAUUUUGGACUUGCAAGAUUGUAUGGCCAUGGAAAUGAACCUCAAACAACACAUGUGGCUGGGACACUAGGUUAUAUUGCACCUGAACUUUCAAGAACCGGCAGAGCCAACACAAGCACAGAUGUGUUUGCAUUCGGGGCUUUUAUGUUGGAAGUCGCUUGUGGAAGGAAGCCUAUAAAUCCACGAGCUUCAGGAGAUGAGGAAGUGGUGUUGGUGGAUUGGGUGUUCUCUUGCUGGAGCAGAGGGGCAAUUCUUGAUACAGUGGAUCCAAAAUUAGGGAUUAAUUACGUAGAAAGGGAAAUGGAGUUGGUGUUGGAGAUUGGAAUGCUUUGCUCUAAUUGGGUUCCAACAGCAAGGCCAACCAUGCGACAAGUUAUGCAAUAUUUGGAAGGAGAACUUCCUCUUCCAGACCUGUCAUCUCUUAGUCUGGGUGCUAAUGGCGUAACACCUGUGGAUGGGGAAGGCUUUGAUGAUUUUGCCGUGCCUCUAUCAACGUCUGUUUCAGACUGGAGACUUUCAGGAGGACGUUGAUUCUAAUUACCCUAUUGGAUUCUGCUGCAGUCAACAACUUGAAAGCAUCAACACAACUUCUGAAAACCGGUUAGAGUUCACAUUCUAUAUAAGCUUUGUUGUGUUUCUUAGUAGAUUUAUACCAUGCAAUGUAAUCUAGUUUUCCUUACCCCCAAAAAAAUGCUUGUUUAUUUCUUUUGUG